AUGUCUUUCUUUUUACUUUCUUUCUUUCUUUUUACUUUAUUUCUUUCUUUCUUUUUACUUUCUUUUUUUACUUUCUUUUUACUUUCUUUCUUUCUUUUUACUUUAUUUCUUUCUUUUUUUUACUUUCUUUUUACUUUCUUUCUUUUUUUCUUUUUUCUUUUUUUACUUUUUUUUUUCUUUUUUCUUUUUCUUUCUUUUUUUUUUUCUUUCUUUUUACUUUCUUUCUUUUUUUUUCUUUCUUUUUUUUUUUUUUACUUUUCUUUUUUUUUUUCUUUUUCUUUUUUUUUUUUUUCUUUUUUUACUUUUUUCUUUCUUUCUUUUACUUUUCUUUUCUUUUCUUUUUUUUUUUUCUUUUUUUUUUUUUUUUUUUUUACUUUCUUUCUUUCUUUUUUACUUUCUUUUUUUCUUUUUUCUUUUUUUUUUUCUUUUUUUUUUACUUUUUUCUUUUACUUUUUUUUCUUUUUACUUUUUUUUUUCUUUUACUUUCUUUCUUUUUUUUACUUUCUUUCUUUCUUUUUACUUUCUUUCUUUUUCUUUUUUUUUUUACUUUCUUUUUUUUUUUUCUUUUUUUUCUUUUUUUACUUUCUUUUUUUUUCUUUUUUUCUUUUUUUCUUUUUCUUUCUUUCUUUUUUACUUUCUUUUUUACUUUCUUUCUUUUUUUUUCUUUCUUUUUUACUUUCUUUCUUUUUACUUUCUUUUUUUUUCUUUCUUUUUUACUUUUCUUUUUCUUUUCUUUUUCUUUCUUUUUACUUUCUUUCUUUCUUUUUCUUUCUUUCUUUUACUUUUCUUUUCUUUCUUUCUUUUUGCUUUCUUUUUUCUUUCUUUCUUUUUUACUUUCUUUCUUUCUUUUUUCUUUCUUUUUACUUUCUUUCUUUCUUUCUUUCUUACUUCUUUCUUUCUUUCUUUUUACUUUCUUUCUUUUUACUUUCUUUCUUUUUACUUUCUUUCUUUUUACUUUCUUUCUUUCUUUUACUUUUUUCUUUUCUUUCUUUCUUUUUUUUCUUUCUUUUUCUUUCUUUUUUUACUUUCUUUCUUUUUACUUUCUUUCUUUUUACUUUCUUUCUUUCUUUUUCUUUCUUUUUACUUUCUUUUUACUUUCUUUCUUUUUCCUUUCUUUUUCCUUUUUCCUUUCUUUUUCUUUCUUUUUUCUUUUUUCUUUCUUAUUUUACUUUAUUUCUUUCUUUUUUUACUUUUUUUUUAUUUUCUUUUUUACUUUUCUUUUCUUUUUUCUUUUUUUUUUCUUUUUUUUUUCUUUUUUCUUUCUUUUUUUUUCUUUUUUACUUUCUUUCUUUCUUUUUUUUCUUUUUCUUUCUUUCUUUUUACUUUCUUUUUACUUUCUUUCUUUCUUUUUACUUUCUUUCUUUCUUUUUACUUUCUUUUUACUUUCUUUCUUUCUUUUUACUUUCUUUUUUUUUACUUUCUUUUUACUUUCUUUUUUCUUUCUUUCUUUUUACUUUCUUUCUUUCUUUCUUUUUACUUUCUUUUUACUUUCUUUUUUACUUUUUUAUUUUCUUCUUUCUUUUUAUUUUCUUCUUUCUUGCUUCCCAGAUAACUACAAUCUUCAAAAAUUUAAAUGCAAUUUCUGUAUUUCUUACUUUCUUUCUUUUUCUUCUUUUGACCUUUUUAUCUUCUUUUUUUGUCAUUGUUUCUCUCUUAACCUCUUUCUCUCUUAACCUCUUUCUCUCAUUGACCCUUUCUUUUCCCCCUUUUCUCUUUUUAGUUUAUUCUUUUUCCUUCUUUUCUCUGUUUCUUUCUUUACCUCCUUUUCUAUCACUUUUUCUUUUUUUUCCCCCGUUUUCUUUCUCAUUCCUUUUCCCCUUUUUCUCUUUCCUUUUUUCUUUGCCUCCUUUUUCUAUUUCCUUUCUUCUUUGCCUCCUUUUUCUCUUUCCUUUCUUCUUUGCCUCCUUUUUCUCUUUCUUUUCUUCUUUGCCUCCUUUUUCUCUUUCUUUUCUUCUUUGCCUCCUUUUUCUCUUUCCUUUCUUCUUUGCCUCCUUUUUCUCUUUCCUUUCUUCUUUGCCUCCUUUUUCUCUUUCCUUUCUUCUUUGCCUCCUUUUUCUUUCUUUCUUCUUUUCCUUUUUCUUUCCUUUCUUCUUUUUUUUCUCCUUUCUUCUUUGCCUCCUUUUUCUCUUUCCUUUCUUCUUUUGCCUUUUUUCUCUUUCUUUUUCUUCUUUGCCUUUUUCUCUUUCUUUUCUUCUUUGCCUCCUUUUUCUCUUUCCUUUCUUCUUUGCCUCCUUUUUCUCUUUCUUUUCUUCUUUGCCUCCUUUUUCUCUUUCUUUUCUUCUUUGCCUCCUUUUUCUCUUUCCUUUCUUCUUUUGCCUCCUUUUCUCUUUCUUUUUCUUCUUUGCCUCCUUUUCCUUUUUCUUCUUUUCCUUUUUUCUUUCUUUUCUUCUUUGCCUCCUUUUUCUCUUUCUUUUCUUCUUUGCCUCCUUUUUCUCUUUCCUUUCUUCUUUGCAUCCUUUCUUUGAUUUCUUCUUAUUUCUCUCACUUUCUCUUUCUUUUCACUUUUUUAUUUUUCUCUCUUUACUUUUUCUACUCUGCCUGCUCCUCCUUAUUCAAACUACUUCUCUUUUAUACUAUUUCUUAUUUCUCUUCUUCCUCUCCCCACUCAUUUUUUUCUGUAAACCUCUUUUUCUGUUUUUCUAUUCCCUUCUCAUUUAUUCUUAUUUAUUUUCUCUUUACUUCAUUCCAUUUUCUUUCUCUGUUUUUCUUUCAGUUUCAACCUUAACCUCUUUCUUUAAUAUUUAUUCCCUUGUUUUUUUUUCCAUUUCUUUCUUUUUUCUCUUUUUUUCACUUCACUUUAUUUGUUUCUAUUUUCUCUCCUUCCACUACCUCUAUACCAUCCUUCCUUUUCCCUUUCAUCCUAUCUGUGUCACUCUCUCACUCACUCUUCACAACACCAAACUCUCCAAUGACCUUUAUUCUUCACCUUCUCUUUCAUUCCUUAUUUUCUUUCUCCAAAUUGAAUCCAACAACAAAAGAAUUACAUCCAAUGACAAACGCUAG